CCACUUGGCUCUGCUGCUGCUUCCAUUUGAAGGUAACCUUUAGGGCUCUCCUCUCUUGGGAGCCUCCUUUGAGCAGAUUUUGCUCAGGUUUGGCUCUCUCUUUCCAGCAAAAGCUUCUAUAUUUGAGCAAAGUAGGUCUUUUUCUGGAUGACUGUAUAAUUUCCAAGAUCCCAGAGCUAAAUAAUCCCAAAUACAGAUUUGCACAGAUACAUUUGAAGCACUAGUUCUGUGCUCAGCUUUUCGUUCAGGACCUGUAGUCAUUGGAAACAUGGCAGCUAUCAGCAGUGUUUCCCAGCUCUUCCUCGUGCUUUUCUCUCUGCUGAUCGGGCUGCCUGUUGUGGAAGCUAUGGAUAUGGGCGAUGCUCUAGCCCUCCUGGUGGGCUUGGUUCUCAGUUGCAUUGGAUUCUGUGCCUGCCUCGGCUUGUAUGCAAGAAAACGAAAUGGAGAAUUAUGAUUUCAAGAAAGAGCGUAACUGUGUUGGAUGGUAUUACAGUUUAAAGUUUCUGGGUGUUCCUAUUCCUAGAGUGUGGACUGUCCUUGGUGGAAGAUUUUGAAGAAUUGCAUUUCAUAGGAAAAAAAUUGUUUCAUAAUGCUUAUGUUUAAGAGAUUAGUUUAAUAAGGAAACUUUUUGCUUUUUCUGAACAGGAGAAAUUAACAGUAAAAAUUUGCAUAGAGGUCUGAGGUGCAAUGGAUGAUUUUUUAAAUGAGGGGAGGAAAAGUGGUCUGUGUUGAGGAUAGUGUGCAGAAACUAUUCAAACCCAAUUUAUAGUGUUGGGAAACAUGGAAAAUCGAUCCCAAUUAGUUGAUUAAGGGACUAUUUUUCCUAAGUUCCUGAAAUGUAAAAUGUACCUUCUUAGUUUUCCCCAAGUUAAACCACUGUAUUAUGAUAAGGCCAAGAUGAUCUAUAUCCUAAUUCUAUGAUGUGUGUUCACCUUGGGACCUUUGCUUUGCUAAUAAUUUUAAAGGCUGUGCUAUUAUCUCCUUAAAUACUUGACAAACGAUUUAAUUAGUACCAUUCACUGGGAUCAUUUUGUUGUUGUUUUUGAAGAGAGUGGGAAUUGCACAAAAUUGGCCCUCUUUUUUUCUGGCAUGCUUCGUGUUCUUUUCAACAGAACCUGUUUGAAAGUCCCCGAUGCAUCAGGCCAUAAGACCACUCCGUUAUUAAUUAAAAGUAUUUUGAGGGAAGAUGCUUAAAUGACCAAAUGCUUUCUGUUUAUCUCUUGACUUGUAUUAUUUGAAGAGUUUUUAAUAAAUAGUGGAACUUGCA